ACAUUUACAUUCUAUAAUGAACGAGGCUUCCUGAACCAAAAAAAGACGCCACUGUCAACGAUGUAAACAAAUGUAAAUUUUGCAAGUUAAAUAACCGGUAAAGAAAUUCUCUGAAAUUAAAAGCAUCGAUUCAGUAUUAGGAGCUAAAAAAUUUCUGAAAAUAGACUUAUUUUCAUAUUUAAAUUCAGGAAAUCAUUAUUUGCCCUCAAGAGGGAUAAAAAAACAUAUUGACUUGUUUCAGUCUGUAAUUCUAACUUCGGAAUUUCGGAUUUAAUUCAUUUUCAUAAAAGUUAUAAUCCCUGAGUUGAAAAUUCCUUGCUUGUAGCACACCGAACAUAGGAUUGCUAUCUGAAAAAGCAAUUUGGUUGUUAGGAGAAUAGUAAUAAAAGUGGGAGUGACUUCUGCAAAUUGACCUGGUAUUUUUUUCAUGCAGUUAUUUUUUUCUGAAGAAAAUAAAAAACAAGUGAUGGAAAAGGAAUUCGCAGGAGAAAGACUGUCACCAGAAAAACCUCUGCUCAUUCAUUUAGAAAAAAGUAAACAAGUGAUGGAGAAUUCCAUUGAAACAAAUGAAAAAGAUCUUGUUAGCAAUCUAAGUGUUAAGGCCAUUGACACUGCUACAGACGUGCAAACACCAGCUUCCACAGAUCAGCAGUUUUUCACUUGCGAUGUUUGUGGUAAAAUAUUUUUGCAAAAAUGGUUUCUAACGAGACAUAUUCUUAUUCAUACGAAAGAAGGCCCUUUUCCUUGUGAUGUAUGUGAUAAAGAAUUUUCUCAGCAAUGUCAUUUAAAUGAACAUUCUUUAACUCAUAUAAAUGAAAAACCAUAUCCUUGUGAUGUAUGUGGUAAGCAAUUUUUAGAAAAACGUUAUUUAAUUAAACAUUUUCUCACUCAUACAAAAGUAAAAGUUCAUUCUUGUGAUGUAUGCAAUAAAGUAUUUUCACAGAAAUUUCAUUUAAGUCGUCAUUAUCAACUUCAUUCAAAUGAGAAACCAUAUUCUUGUGAUGUAUGUGGUAGAAAGUUUUCUCAGAAAUAUUAUUUACGUUGCCAUGUUCGUACUCAUACAAAUGAAAAACCCUAUACUUGUGAUAUAUGUAGUAAAAAAUUUGCACAAAAAAGUAAUUUAAAUGAGCAUUAUCGAACUCAUACAAGUGAAAAAUUAUUUUCAUGUGAUGUAUGUGGUAAGCAAUUUUUUGAGAAACGUUAUUUAAACAAACAUUUCCGUACUCACACAAAGGAAAGGCCUUAUUCUUGUGUUAUAUGCAAUAGACAGUUUUCUCAGAAAAGUGACUUAAAUAAACAUCUUCGUACUCAUACAAAUGAAAAACCUUUUUCUUGUGAUGUAUGCAGUAAAAGUUUUUCCCAGAAACGUUAUUUAAAAGACCAUUAUAGAUGCCAUACAAAUGAAAAACCUUUCUCUUGUGAUGUUUGCAAAAAAUUGUUUUCUUUGAAAACUGAUUUAAAUAAACAUCUUCGUACUCAUACAAAUGAGAAACCUUAUUCUUGUGAUGUAUGUUCGAAAAACUUUUCCCAGGAACGUUAUUUAAAAGACCAUUAUCGAACUCAUACAACUGAAAAACCUUAUUCUUGUGAUAUAUGUAACAGACAAUUUGCUAUAAAAAGUACUUUAAAUAACCAUCUUCAUACUCAUACAAAUGAAAAACCUCAUUCUUGUAAUAUAUGCAACAAAUGUUUUUCUCAGAAACGUUAUUUAUUAGACCAUUAUCGUACUUAUCAUAAAAAACCUUUCUCUUGUGUUUUGUGCAGUAAAGGUUUUGCACAAAAACGUUAUUUAAUUGUCCAUUAUCGAAAUUUUCAUGGAAAUGAGAUAUCUUCUGUUUGUGAUAUAUCAGGUAUUGAAUUGAACUGAUAUUAUUAUAUCUGAAUUGAUUUUAUUAUAUUCAUACAAAUGAUAAAAAGUUUUACAUAUAAUGAAAUGCUGGGUUUUAAUUUAAAUUUAUAUGAAUAUUAUCAUAUUUGUAAAGAUGUGACAUCAAACUUCCUGGAAUUUAGAAAUACAUUUGUGGGAAAUUUUGUAUUUACAUAUUCUCAUAAAGUUUUUAAUGCUAUAAUUCCUGUUUGAUGAUUUCUACAUAUACAUGUAUUCUUUUGUUUGCAAUUCAUGCAAAUAAUUCAAUCACAUUAGUGCUCUCCUUUUAUUCAUGGUUCGAGUGGCUUCUGCUUUUGUUAAUAUUUCUUGCCUGGCUAAAAAAAAGAAGAAAAAAAAUUUUUGGGUUUUUUUUUUUCAUCAUAUAUUUUUACUGAAUGGUUUAGGAUACACCUCAUCAUUCCAUGCAGUCUACCUGAAAUUUUGGUAUGAGAUGCUUAAUUUUAUUCUCAUUUGAUCUAUCUUUUUAAAUAAUUGAAAUUUUUUCCAUUCUAUUGAAAUUAUCUUUCUCUGUAAAGUGAGAUGUUGUAGUUAUGUUCAGUGUCGUUAUGAAGGAGUUUAAGUUUGGCCCACUUUCCUUUAUCAUCAGUGAUUUGCAUGUGCAAAUGGUGCUUGGGGUAUGGCAUUUUUUUGCUAACUAAUCAGAUUUGUCAUUAGAGGUAGUUAUCUCCAUAGUAUCUGGGGCAUCUUUAUUUUAUUUUAUUUUAUUUAUUUAUUUGCUACCAUUAACUGUAUUUUAUGCUAAAAUGACUGACACAAGCUGAUUUUGCUUAAAAUUUGUAUUUCCUUUCAUCAAAUAAUGUUGGAGAAAUUCUAUGGAUUAAGAAUACUUUAGAUUAAUUACUGAAGGUAUUGCAUUUAUAGAAGCAUGCAAAUUAAAAUGAUAAUUUUUGUCAAAACUAUUGAAUAAAAGAAGAAUCGCAUUAUGUUGGCCUAAAUAUGCAGGUUCAAAAUCCAUUUCAACUGAAGAGCCAUUUGUAAGUGGGUAUGGUGCAUGUUAAAUACAUUUCAGCCAUAUACUCAUUCAACAAACUGUUAAUGGAAGUUUGAAAAAGAUGUGCUGGCUUGGGUAUCAAUCUCAUCGUUUGAUUCGAUUCAGAACUAUGAAAUACAUUUAUAAACAAUGGAUUAGUGAAUAUUUCCUCAUUCCACAGAAGUUAUCAUUAUUUCUAGUAUAUAAUGCUACAAACUUUUUUUUUGGGGGGGGGCAGCAUGGUUGUGCAUGUUGUAAUCCCUAUUUUCAUUAAACAGUAGUUAAGAAAUAAUACAGAUUAUGAAUUUCCUGUUUCUUUAUGUGUAUAUUUUCCCUAAGAGUUCAUUAUACUUAGGGAUUUUUAUGAUUCUGGCUGAAAUACAAGUGAAGGAAAAAGCUAGUGUCAUUUUUAAAAAGUGCCUUAUGCAUACUAAAAUUAAAUGGCACAAGAAAUAUAUCAAUUUUUAUUAAAAUGUUAAAUAAAUAUCACAAUUUGUCGACAUUUCAGACUAAAUAAUAAGGUAUUGAUGAACAUUUUCUGUAUUUCAUCAUUAUUGU